AUGCUUCACAUUACAAGAUUUAGAGUUAUGAUGGAGAUCAACUGUGAAGGAAUCAAGAUUUUGAUAAAGGACGGUUGUGCAACAACGUUUAUUCGGGGGUUUCAUCCUACUAUUAAUAAAACUUGCUGUCAUAAUAGGCAAAAUAGAAGAAAUCCAAUGGUUCGUUUAAAGAGCAGAUACAUUCUUUUCGAAGUACUAUAUCCAGAUGUAGAUGAUGAGUACGAAACAGUGCCAGAUAUAACCAAGAAGGACAUUUUAACCACGCAUCACAAAGUAUCACCAAAUACUAUCAGUCCGAGAAAUAUUUUGCAGGAACUACGAAAACAAUUACAGGUGAAUUUCGGGGACUAUGGCUUGGGAAAGGCUACGGCUUUGUUACAGAUCAAAUACUUUUCGAAUAGAACAUCAACCGGUAUAAUACGAUGUGGCCAUGAUGACCAUCAGUACGUAAUAAUGGCACUUGCUUUGAUGAACCAGAUUGAAUCUGUUGGGCCCAUCAUAAUGAAUCCAAUAAAAGUUAGCGGAACUAUUAAAAAAGUUGAGUUAUUUGCUAUCAGAAGAAGUCACCGUUUGAACCGAAUACUUCUGACAGAUGAUAGGAAUGAUGAGUUUUCUUCAAUCACUGACGAUGAAAAUAAUGACUGA